AUGGAAAGAUAUCGCAUUUCUCUGUGGCUACUUGUGCUUCUUCUGGGUUCAACCACUAAUUCCUCUGUUAUUGAUGAUUUAAAAAGUGAUAAACUUUGCAGGCAAUGCUCUAAAUGUGACACAAAACAAUGCCCUGCAAGUGAUGCCUAUCCCCAUAUGACUGCACAUGAUGAUACUCUUAUUGCUGGUGCUUUGCAAUCUGAUUAUGUGGAUGCUAAUGACACUUCUGUCUAUUCAGUGCCAAAUAUUAAAGGAGGCACUUCUGCAAAGUAUAAUGCUUACUUUGGCUGGGAAUCUACUUCUGGUUCAGCUUCUGGUUACCAUAGGUUUAGAAACUAUAUGAACAAAUGCUCAAGUGGCAGCUAUCUAACAGUGGACAAGCAUGGCAAGGUGAGGCUUCGCUCAUUGACGUCACUAAAAAGCUUAGCAGAAGCAGAUUGGAAAUCAAUUAAUCCACCAAAGAAAUUAAAUCAUAGAGGAUUUCGCUUUUGGAGGUCUCAUAGUACAGGAAAAUGCCUUACAGUUUUCCAAGGAAAGGGUGAUAAGAAAACCGUUGGAGUAGCUGACUGCAAAUUUGAUGGCUCUAAUCCUUUCCAACUCUUCGCCUUUCGAUUUCAUUACCAUCAAGCUUUCUGCUGCUGCAAUGUAUACAAUGAUUAG